CCUGGCCACCGGCGGCGGGGUCUGUCCCUCCUCUGCUGCCCUCCGGCAGGGCUUCGCCCUUCUCUCUAUGGGCAGAAACUGGUCCCCUCUUGCCCACUGGACAGUUGCUGUGCGACUUGGACAAUAGAGGAGCGCCUCCCAAGUUUUCAUCCAACAGCCACCCCCAAAGCUUCCACCCUCUUCCCCUCAGAGAGGACGUUUGAUGCCAGGCCCCUGAGAUUCUCAUUGAUCACUCCCUUUGGGUCCCCCUGAGCAGUCUGCUGACCCAAUUACCCACCUUUGCGGCUUUGAUGCCUAGCCAUGUCUGCCUCAUCCUCAGGAGGCUCCCCCAGGUUUCCAUCUUGUGGGAAGAACGGAGUAACGAGUCUCACACAGAAAAAGGUCUUGAGGACACCGUGUGGCGCACCCAGUGUGACUGUGACGAAGAGAACCAUGAAGGACCGUUCCUCAACUCCCCCCUUACAUGUUCACGUGGAUGAAAACACCCCUGUCCACGUUCACAUAAAAAAACUCCCGAAACCAUCAACGGCCAGCAGCCAGAAAUCUCAUAAGCGCGGAAUGAAAGGGGACACAGUGAAUGUGCGGCGGAGUGUCCGGGUGAAAACCAAGGUACCUUGGAUGCCCCCUGGAAAAUCAUCCGCCCGGCAUGUGGGAUGCAAGUGGGAGAAUCCACCUCACUGCCUGGAGAUCACACCACCAUCUUCCGAAAAGCUGGUCUCUGUGAUGCGGUUAAGUGACCUAUCAACUGAAGAUGAUGACUCAGGUCACUGUAAAAUGAACCGUUAUGAUAAGAAGAUUGACAGUCUAAUGAACGCAGUUGGAUGUCUCAAGUCUGAGGUCAAGAUGCAGAAGGGUGAGCGCCAGAUGGCUAAGAGAUUUCUGGAGGAGAGGAAGGAGGAGUUGGAGGAGGUGGCCCACGAGUUGGCUGAGACCGAGCAUGAGAACACGGUGCUGAGACAUAACAUCGAGCGCAUCAAAGAAGAGAAGGACUUCACCAUGCUCCAGAAGAAACACCUUCAGCAGGAGAAGGAGUGCCUCAUGUCCAAGCUGGUGGAGGCUGAAAUGGAUGGGGCUGCUGCUGCUAAGCAAGUCAUGGCCUUGAAAGAUACCAUCGGGAAACUGAAGACGGAAAAACAAAUGACUUGCACAGAUAUCAACACCCUGACGAGGCAGAAGGAACUUCUCCUUCAGAAGCUGAGCACCUUCGAGGAGACGAACCGCACCCUCCGAGACCUGCUGAGGGAACAGCACACCAAGGAGGAUUCAGAUAAGCUAAUGGAGCAACAAGGAACGCUAUUAAAACGGCUUGCAGAAGCAGACUCAGAGAAAGCGCGCCUGCUGCUACUGCUUCAAGACAAGGACAAAGAAUUGGAAGAACUUCUCCAGGAAAUCCAAUGUGAGAAGGCUCAAGCAAAAACAGCUUCUGAGCUCUCUAAGUCCAUGGAGUCCAUGCGUGGGCAUUUGCAGGCACAGCUUCGGUGCAAAGAGGCAGAAAAUAGUCGCUUGUGCAUGCAGAUCAAGAACCUGGAGCGCAGUGGAAACCAACACAAAGCAGAAGUAGAGGCCAUCAUGGAGCAGCUAAAGGAAUUAAAGCAAAAAGGAGACCGAGACAAAGAGACCUUGAAGAAGGCCAUCCGAGCCCAGAAGGAACGAGCUGAGAAGAGCGAGGAGUAUGCUGAGCAACUGCACGUGCAACUUGCUGACAAGGAUCUUUAUGUCGCUGAAGCUUUAUCCACUCUGGAGUCAUGGAGAACCCGCUACAACCAAGUUGUGAAAGAUAAGGGAGACCUCGAGCUGGAAAUUAUUGUCCUGAAUGACCGGGUGACAGAUCUCGUAAACCAACAACAAACCUUAGAGGAGAAGAUGCGGGAAGACCGGGAUAGUUUGGUGGAGAGACUACACCGUCAGACUGCUGAGUAUUCUGCAUUCAAGCUAGAGAAUGAGAGGCUGAAGGCUAGUUUCGCCCCAAUGGAGGACAAACUCAAUCAGGCCCACCUCGAGGUCCAGCAGCUGAAGGCAUCGGUUAAGAACUACGAGGGAUUGAUUGACAACUAUAAGAGUCAGGUGAUGAAGACCAGGUUGGAGGCUGAUGAAGUGGCUGCCCAGCUAGAACGCUGUGACAAAGAGAACAAGAUCCUUAAAGAUGAGAUGAACAAAGAAAUUGAAGCGGCACGUCGGCAGUUCCAGUCCCAGCUGGCUGACCUGCAGCAGCUGCCUGACAUCCUGAAGAUCACAGAGGCCAAGCUAGCAGAGUGCCAAGACCAGCUACAGGGUUACGAGAGGAAGAACAUCGACCUCACAGCCAUCAUCUCAGACCUGCGCAGCCGGAUCGAACAUCAGGGGGACAAGCUGGAGAUGGCAAGAGAGAAACAGCAGGCUUCCCAGAAGGAAAAUAAACAGCUGAGUCUGAAGGUGGAUGAACUGGAGAGGAAACUGGAAGCGACCAGUGCCCAGAAUAUCGAGUUCCUACAGGUGAUUGCCAAGAGGGAGGAGGCAAUCCACCAGUCCCAGCUGCGGCUGGAAGAGAAAACUCGGGAGUGUGGGUCCCUGGCGAGACAGCUGGAGAGUGCUAUUGAAGAUGCUCGGAGGCAGGUGGAACAAACCAAGGAGCAUGCAGUCUCCAAGGAGCGAGCAGCCCAGAACAAAAUCCUAGACCUUGAGACUCAGCUGAGCAGGACCAAAACUGAACUCAACCAGCUGCGUAGAAGCCGUGAUGAUUCUGACCGCCGUUACCAGAGUCGACUGCAGGACCUGAAAGACCGGCUGGAGCAAUCCGAGAGCACCAAUCGAAGCAUGCAGAACUACGUCCAGUUCCUCAAAUCUUCUUACGCCAAUGUGUUUGGGGAUGGACCCUACACUAGCUAUCUGACCAGCUCUCCUAUUCGUUCCCGCUCUCCUCCAGCCUAAGGCCUGGAGCCCAGGAGGAUAUGGGGACUGAGGAGUUGCCAAGUUGUACCUGGAAAGCCUGCUGCUUUCCUCUCUCUUGCAAUGAUCAAGCAUUUCAGAAUUUGUCCUUAGCUGCUGGUUCUAGAAAAGUCCCUAAAGCAGCAGCAGAUGAAGCAGGAACCACUUCAUACUUUUUUCUGAGCUAGCUACCUGAUGGAAAUUUUUAAUUCCUUCAACAGUCCCAAAGUGUAUUCUUAGGGUGCCAGAUUUUAAGUCACUGUGACUGUGCUGAUUCCAUUCUAGAGAGAAUAUUUGGGCUGUUACUUUUCUCUCCAGUGCCCUUACAAGCCAUUUUUCCUAAGAGUUUCCCUCAGGAUUCUAUCUGUCCUAGCCAGCAGGAGUUAUUGGUCAGAGGUCUUCACCACCUUCCUGUGCUAGGAGCAUGUUCACUUGUGCUUUUCUUCACGGGCAUGUUGUUUUCUGCAAACACUCUAUCCCAAGCUCAGUGGGAACCCUUAUGUCAAAGUUUCUUUGAGGCCCUUGUCGCUAAGCACUUCACGACAGACACGCAAGGAGCACUCAUGAACUAAUUGGCCAUUGCAUAAUGUAACCCCCAUCUCAUUAUUUGUCUUUGCCAGAUUUGUAUCUGUGGAAACCAUUUAUUCUUGAAAUUUUUGUAGUGUUUUACAAAAAAAUUUUAUAAUUGA